AGCCUCAGCCUCGGGGCGGGGCCAAGGCGGGAGGUGCGGCGGGUGCUGUGGGCUGGUUCGUCUUGUUCUGCGGCGGAUCGGAUCUACCUCGGGAUUGUUCUUAGCCCUUAGCUGUGAUCCGGGCUGCGGGGCUGAGCAUCGGGGGACCGCGGCUGCCAAGCAGCUUGCAGUUCAGCUCCCGGGCGAAGCACAGCUGCAGUUCACUGAAUUCCCUGACGCUUCCUGAGACAAGAGAGUGGAGGGCGACCACACACCCACAGCCUGCAUCAUGCCAGCACUGUCCGCAGGAUCUGCUGGCGACACGGGUCUGUAUGAGCUGUUGGCGGCUCUGCCCGCCCAGCUGCAGCCACAUGUGGAUAGCCAGGAGGACCUGACCUUCCUCUGGGACAUGUUUGGUGAAAAGAGCCUGCAUUCACUGGUCAAGAUUCACGAAAAGCUUCACUGCUAUGAGACGCAGAGCCCAGUGCCCAUUCUCCAUGGUGCAGCAACGUUGGCUGAUGAUCUGGCUGAAGAGCUACAGAGCAAGCCACUAAACAGUGAGAUCAGGGAGCUGUUGCAGCUGCUGUCAAAACCCAACGUGAAGGCUUUGCUGUCAGUACACGAUACGGUGGCUCAAAAGAGUUACGAUCCUGUAUUGCCUCCCAUGCCUGACGACAUUGACGAUGAGGAAGAUUCUGUGAAAAUCAUCCGCCUGGUCAAGAACAGAGAACCCCUGGGCGCCACCAUUAAGAAAGAUGAGCAGACUGGGGCAAUCCUUGUGGCUCGCAUCAUGCGGGGAGGAGCUGCAGACAGAAGUGGUCUUAUUCACGUGGGUGACGAGCUGAGGGAAGUAAAUGGGAUCCCAGUGGAAGACAAGAGGCCUGAGGAAAUAAUACAGAUUUUGAGUCAAUCCCAGGGAGCAAUUACAUUUAAGAUAAUACCCAGCACCAAAGAAGAGGCACCUUCUAAGGAAGGCAAGAUGUUUCUCAAAGCCCUCUUCGACUAUGAUCCCAAGGAGGACAAGGCCAUCCCGUGUAAGGAGGCAGGGCUGUCUUUCAGAAAGGGAGACAUUCUUCAGAUUAUGAGCCAAGAUGAUGUGACGUGGUGGCAGGCGAAGCACGAGGGUGAUGCCAACCCCAGGGCAGGCCUGAUCCCCUCCAAGCAUUUCCAGGAACGGAGAUUGGCUGUGAGACGACCAGAAAUAGUAGUUCAGCCUCUGAAACUUUCCAACAGGAAAUCAUCUGGUUUUAGAAGAAGUUUCCGUCUUAGCAGAAAAGAUAAGAAAACAAAUAAGUCCAUGUAUGAAUGCAAAAAGAGUGACCAGUAUGACACAGCAGACGUGCCCACAUAUGAGGAAGUGACCCCCUACCGGCGGCAGACUCAUGAGAAAUACAGGCUUGUUGUCCUGGUUGGUCCUGUCGGGGUCGGGCUGAACGAGCUGAAGAGGAAGCUGCUGAUCAGCGACACGCAGCACUACGGUGUGACUGUGCCCCACACCACUAGAGCAAGAAGGAGCCAAGAGAGUGAUGGUGUGGAAUACAUUUUUAUUUCCAAACAUUUGUUUGAGACAGAUGUUCAAAAUAACAAGUUCAUUGAAUAUGGCGAAUAUAAAAACAACUACUAUGGAACAAGUAUAGACUCGGUUCGCUCUGUCCUAGCGAAGAACAAAGUUUGUCUGUUGGAUGUCCAGCCUCAUACAGUAAAACAUUUAAGGACACUGGAGUUCAAACCCUACGUGAUAUUUAUAAAACCUCCAUCCAUAGAGCGUUUGAGAGAGACAAGGAAAAAUGCCAAGAUUAUUUCAAGCAGAGAUGAACAAGGGACUGCAAAGCCCUUCACGGAAGAAGACUUUCAAGAAAUGAUUAAAUCAGCACAGAUAAUGGAAAAUCAAUAUGGCCAUCUAUUUGACAAAACCAUAAUAAAUGAUGAUCUCACUGUGGCAUUUAAUGAGCUAAAAACAGCAUUUGACAAAUUAGAGACUGAUACCCAUUGGGUCCCAGUGAGCUGGCUACAUUCGUAACUCAGGGAAGUGUCCUAAUUGUCAUUUUACAGAGUGCAUAGUUUGUCAGCUACCAUGUUUUGGGUGUGAUUUUUUUUUUUUUUUAAUAAUCUGUAUCACUGUCACAGAUGUAAAAUCCUCAUAAAAUUUCAAUGCUGGUUUUGUUUAUGUCUUUUACACCCUUAUCUGCAGCACAUGGCUGUACAAUCUAAAAGCCAAACUCUGCACAGUGCUGUGUUCUUAGCAAAACUUGAGUUUCCUGGUUGUCUUUAAUCCAUCUCUGGUGUGCGAGACAGUAUGCUUCAGAGUUCAUUCCUCACUUGUGCUCAGAUGUGCUCACAACCCUUUUCUUUGCACACUUACAGUUGAAAGCAUGAAGCUAGCAGCCUUGAGCCCUUCCCCAGACUUAACUGAGCUGGAAAUAAGAUUGUUCU